AUGGCGCCACAGGUGCCGCCAGGAGAACCGGGAUGCAGGGGCCCUGUGGGCCAUGGGGGACCCCCUACAGCUUCCUCGCCUUCAUCCUCGUGCAACAGCCUCCCAAUCGAGAAGCAGUUCAUUACGCCUACGGUUCCCCCAAACGAAGCGUUAAGGGCUGAGGCUGCAGCGCGCGUUGCUGCGGCAGCACGGAGCCUCUCUGACACAGAAGCUUCUCUGGAAACUGCAGCAGGAGGCCGCAUUCCUCGCAUCCUGGCGGAGGCAACGGACAGACGCGUGAGGUGGCAGCUGCAGCCGCCAAGCAGCACGAAAGACAGAGGAGCCGCUGCAGGUGCUAUCCCAUGUGGCUAUCGGCACGGAGCAGCAGCAGGAGCAGCAGCAACAACGGCAGCAGCAGACGGACUGACAACCGGCACCACCGAUGCGGGCAACAGCAGCGCAGGUGAGGAGGCGCAUCGUGUGCGAGUUCGCUGCAGCAGGAGGCAGCAGCAGGAGAGUGAAGGAAGCGGAAGCAGGAAGCCUGGAAGACACAAACAAAGACGCUGGCUUCACCAGCAGCUGCUGGUGGCUGCGCUGCGCCGCCUCAUCCUCACAGCAGGCGACGACCCCUGCGACGCAAGAAUAGAAAUGUGGGGAGCCCCGCGGCAGCCGUCAUGCUGGCAGCUGCUGCAGGCAGACCCCGUAGCGCGUGAGCUGUACAUCAAGAGGAAAGAAGGGGGUUGGGAGGGGCCCCCAGGGGCGCACUCCGAGUCGUCUCCAGAGAGAGAAGACACCGACAAGUUGCAGCAGCAGCAGCAGCAGCAGGAGCAGCAGCAGCAGCAGCAGCAGCUGCCGGAUCCGCUGUUACAGCGAAAAUCCCAUUGUCUUAAGAUUAUGAAGCAGCAGCAGCAGCAGAUGGGGAGGCCGUCACUGCGAGCAGCUUCUGUAGACGGGUUGAGGCAUUCGGAGUUGCUGCGGCAGGCAGUGUCAGACAGUGAACACAGCGGUACAGACACAGAGUCUGCUCCCAAAGCAGCAGCAGAAGCAGCAGCAGCAGCAGCAGCAGCGGCAGCAGCACUGGCAGCUACAGGUGUAGCAGGAGCAACGUCUUCGGCUGCUUCUGCUCUCGCACGGGAACUCGAGGUGCAGCGGUUGCUGCUGCAGCAGAUGGCCGGGUCUGAGCUGCAGCUGCUGCCGUCAGUGCAGCGCAUAAAAUCCUUAAGAGCAGCAUUUAGACCCAUGAAACAAAUAACUCGAGAUGCUGCAGCUUUCUUCUGUCUCAGUGCUGCUAUCGAGAACGCCAUUCGCCAAGCGUAUACCUCGCUUGCUGCUGUUAAGGGGGGUCUGAGGCAGCAGCUGCAGCAGCUGCUGCAGCAAAACGCGGCGGAAGCAGCAAAAGCAACAGAACAACAAAGACGAAGGCCUAUUCUAAAUAGCGGCAGCAGCAGCGGGGGGUCCCCAACAGGCAGCAGCCCAAUGAUAGGUAGCAGCAAGGGUUCCAGCAGCAGCAGCAGCAGCAGCACAAGCAGCAGCAGCACCAACAGCAGCAGGACUAGCAACACAAGCAGCAGCUUGCGAUGUGUGCGUCUGAACAGGGAUUCAGAGCUGCCGAAAACUGAGGCCAUGACGAAGGCUUCUCUGUCCGCUGAUGAGCUGCAUCUCCUCGAGAGUGUGGAGCGGCUACAGCAGCAAGCAGCAGCAGGCGGUUCAGCUGCAGGGGAGAAGAGAGACUGGCUGCUGCUGUGGCGGCUGACGGGCUUUGAGCGUAAGGUCGCUCAUGGAUUGGUGGCGUUGGCUGCCGACUUAGAUUCCCUUUCUCUUUCUCCUCUUGAUUUACCCCCCCCAAACAAUGGAACUCCGUGUGCAGUUCGGCAGCAGCAGCAGCAGCAGACGAGCAGACGAAAGCUGCCUGCAGGCGCUCAGCAGAAGGUCUUGAUUAUUUGUAGGAAACCCCAAGCAGAUACCGUCUCUUUGCCUCCCGUAUCGCUUGCUGCGUUGCUGGUUGGCGCUGUCACUGCAGCCAUCUAG